UCGGCUGCGGGGGCGACUCCGCAAUAUGGUGGAGCGGGCCGAGGCUCCGGCUCGCCGCGGGGCCGCCCGCGCUGCCUUCGACAUCGGCCCCGCGGCUCCAACUCCCGGUGUAUUUCGGUAGGGUGCUUAAGGCACUCCCGGAACCAGGAAGUCCCGAUAUACUGAUCGCCCCGGGGAGGGUCACUGGACUGCCCCAUCCCUGAAGAGGUUCUUCUGGAACUUCAGUGUCCUGAAACCAUCAAUGUGAAAAGUGCUUCUUGCAGAUUUGGUUCAGCUUACAUGCGUGCAUAGGCUGGCAGUGCGAGUGUGCUUCUGUGUCUUCUCCUUAUGUGGCUGUGUGAGGUUCAAGACCUGGAAAAAUGGCAUUGGCAGCAAUUGAUCCACAACAAGUAUAAUAUUGUAUCGAGGGUUGCCAACCUUCCCUUGGUGAGCUCCACCUAUGAUAUGGUGUCCACAGCUUACAUCACCACAAAGGAUACCCAUCCUUAUCUGAAGUCAGUAUGUGAGAUAGCGGAGAAAGGAGUGAAGACGAUUACUUCAGUAGCCAUGACAAGUGCAAUGCCUAUUAUCCAGAAGCUGGAACCACAAAUUGUAGUUGCCAACAGCUAUGCAUGUAUAGGUCUAGACAAAAUUGAAGAGAGACUGCCUAUAUUGAAUCAGCCGACUGACAAGGUUGUCACCAAUGCCAAGGAUGUAGUUGUUGGAGCCAGAAAAGCUGUAACAACCGCUGUGACUGGUGCCAAGGAAACUGUUGCUUACACGAUCACUGGAGUUGUGGGCAAGACUAAAGAAGCAAUGCAAGACAGUGUAGAAAUGACCAAGUCAGUUGUCAGUGGCAGUAUUAACACUGUCCUGGGAAGUCGUAUGGUGCAAAUGGUGAGCAGUGGAGUGGACAGUGCUCUUACUAAAUCAGAGAUACUUGUAGAUCAAUAUCUUCCACUUACAGAAGCGGAACUAGAGAAAGAAGCUACAAAAGUUGAAGGUUUUGAAGUGGGAGUUCAAAAGUCAAGCUACUACAUUAGAUUAGGAUCCCUGUCUUCGAAGUUCCGCACACGUGCCUACCAACAAGCCUUAAAUAAAGUUAGAGAUGCUAAACAGAAAAGCCAGGAGACAAUCUCUCAGCUCCACCACACUGUUAGUCUGAUUCAGCAUGCUAGAAAGAACAUGAAUAGUGCCAAUCGGAAACUUCUUGAUGCUCAGAAAAAGCUUUAUCAAUCCUGGGUAGAAUGGAAGAAAAAUACAGGCCAAAAUGAUGGUGAUGAACCACAUAGCACUGAGCACAUUGAGUCAAGAACUCUAGCUAUUGCAUGGAGUCUCACUCAGCAGCUUCAGACCACCUGCCUCACACUGGUCUCAAGCCUACAGGGGCUGCCACAGAAUGUGCAGGGUCAGGUUUACAGUGUUGGGUCAAUGGCAGGUGAAGUCUGCCAGAGCUUUUGGGCAGCAUCCUCCUUCCAAGAGUUAUCAGACAGCUUUCUUGCCACUAGCAAAGGACAGCUGAAGAAAAUAAAGGAGUCUCUGGAUGAUGUGAUGGAUUAUCUUGUUAACAACACGCCGCUCAACUGGCUGGUUCCAGAUUUCACUAUUACAGACCUCUCUUCAGAGUCAGAUGAUAUCCCAGACAUUUUGGAUUUGGAUGAAGAUGAUCAACAAGACUUUUCACGCACAAAUGGCCCUUACACUACAGGGCAAAGAGCUGACUAAAGAGAAGCAUAAAAAUGUCUUUUUGAUACAAUGUACUUCUGCCAUGCUUAACUUAGAUUUCUUCUUUUAAAAGAUGAACCUGCAUAGUUUAGGGAUUGUAGGGAAUUUUUUUUUUUUAAUCAUUACUGUUUCACUUAGCUGCAUCGAAAUUCUGUUUUUUUUUGUACCUAAGGAAUACAUACUACAUUAAUUCAUUAGCAUGGAUGUCAAGCCCCUAUUCUACAUGCCAGGUAUAGCCUAACCAGUGUAUCCAACUGAUAACAGUCUUUGUUAAUGGUUUGCUCUCUUGCUGGCAGCAGCCAUGAGAAAACUGCACUGCUUUGCAUAAAGGGCUGCAGACAAAAGGCUGAGGAUUUGCCUACAGAAUUUCCCCUUUCAGUGUACAUGAAAAGCGCCUCUGCAUAUACCUCUUUGCUGCUCAGCUUCUUUUUGUUGGGCUCUGCACCUACAGAGCUUAAAUUAGAGAUUCCCUUUGGCAGAAUGCUUUAUGCACAAGGACUCCCUUUCUCUCUACAUGCCUUCUGUGUGCAAAGAUUUUGGCCAUCCUGAUGAUUGGGGGUUCUGAGACUAGAAGAAGGUAGAUGCUUAAAAAGGAAAGUUUUCCAGGAAUAGGGAUGAUGGUUACAAAAGAAAGGGAAAAAUACUGUAAAAAGCAAGGAAAAACGGAGGGCAACAGAUGUGGGACAAAAGAAACCUGAAGAAAAAAAGAUGGGGAGGUGGGCAGAAUUGGAGGUAGGGAUACUUCUGGUGACAGUGACGGUAUUUUUAUGUUUAAAUAAAAUCUCAACCCAA